ACAACACGCCCUCUCCUGCCACAAAUGCCUGGCUGGGAAUUGUUGUACUGAUAAGAAUAUGAGCUUCUCUAAGUGCCCUGGUCACUUAUACCUCAGGUAAAGGCAAACUGCACCGAAAGUCCACCCAACCUCCUCCAGCGAGGUCCCUGAAAUUGUCUCGCAGGUUGAGUUUUUUUCCCCCAGGUGUUUUGGACGUCGGUAAGACGGAGAAAGAAGACUGAGGAUCCCUGGCAGGAACCACCAGGAGCCUAACAAGAGCCUGAUCACACAGUGAACUCUAUCGGGGUACCAAGGAACCCCCACCCCAGACUGGGAAAGAAGGGUGGCAUGUCUCAUCUUCUCCACCAGAACCAGCACCAACAAAAGUGAGAGAGUUUUGGGUCGGUCUUCACCUUGUCCAACCGACAAACGGACCAUCAAUACCCCAGCAAUCCACAUCCAGGAAUUUGAACUUCUAAUCAGAGCAGAGAAGACAAUGGGAAGUCCAGCUCAUGACCUAGUUGCCGGCACUCUGCACCUGCCUUAUGACUUCACGGGGUUCAGCCCUUGCCCAACCGACUCAUGGGCCAACAUGGAGGACCUGAAGCCUCCGCGCGGCCUUCCCAGCAUGCCUGAGCGUGGCCUGCCGGGGGUCUACCUGUCCCGUCUCGACAUGUACCUCACCGAGGACACGGCCUGGCUCCUGAAGCGUGCCGAGGUGGCCAGCCCCCUAGUGCCAUGCAUCCGCGACCACGACAACCACAAUCACGACCUGGACGACGAGGCCGCCCGCAGCAAGGAGCCGGAGCAGUGCCCAGUGAUCGACAGCCAGGGGGGCCUGGGGGGGCUCUCACCCGAGCUGGAGGGACAGGUGGAAGAGCGCUGCCUGGAGCAAGUGCAGAGUCUGGUGGUGGGAGAGGUGCUAAAGGACAUCGAGAUGGCCUGCAAGCUGCUCAACAUCACUCCAGACCCUAUGGAUUGGAGCUCGGGGAACGUCCAGAAAUGGCUGCUGUGGACCGAGCACCUGUACCGGCUGCCUCAGGUGGGAAAGGCCUUCCAAGAGCUCGUGGGCAAGGACCUCUGUGUGAUGAGUGAGCACGACUUCAAGCACCGGUCACCGCAGUGCGGCGAUGUGCUGCACGCCCACCUCGACAUCUGGAAGUCAGCUGCUUGGAUGAAGGAACGAUCCCCUGGUUAUAAUCACGUUGGAACAGAUGAGCUGUGCUCAGAGGCCGACUCCUGCUGCUCCGGACAGCCCAUUCACCUCUGGCAGUUCCUCAGGGAGCUGCUGCUCAAGCCACACAACUAUGGACGGUGCAUUCGCUGGCUUAACAAAGAGAAGGGUAUCUUCAAGAUUGAGGAUUCGGCACAUGUGGCCAAACUCUGGGGGAUUAGGAAGAACCGUCCAGCAAUGAACUAUGACAAGUUAAGCCGCUCAAUUCGGCAGUACUAUAAAAAGGGAAUUAUCAGGAAACCCGACGUGUCACAAAGACUGGUCUAUCAGUUUGUUCAACCUGUAUGAUGGAUGGAGACAGAUGAAACCACUGCUACUCAGUACCAAUGUCUAACUGUGAACUGUGUUGAAAGAGCUCAUCCUCAUGAAAUUAUGUUGAAUAAUUACAUUUCGUACCACUUCUCUGCUGUUACAUGUUCAGCAUAAAAGGCGAUGUUGUCCCAAAGAUCAUGGUAGGCCUACAACCUUCUGUCCAGGUACCAUGGUGACUGUAUCUGAAGUAGCAGUAUUUCAGACCUGUUCAUUUGCAUAUCCUGCCUUCACUUUUAUUAUAUUUUAUUUCUAGGAUUUAAGUAACAUUUCUCUCUACUAGCAUUUCAAUGUUUUGUUUAUAAAAUAGGUCCUUUAUAAUUCUUGUAUGACUUAGGUGUUAACUUGUGUUUUGACUAUUAACUGUCUGUGUCCUGUGUACGAAAGUGAAAAGAACAUUUUGAAGCAGGCUUACGCCAUAUGAUCACCUUAGAUCUUUUUUUCGCUGGGUUUAUUUAUUUUAAGGGUGGUUUAUGUCUUUAUGGUCCGGUUGAACAGCAAACACUGACUUACGUCCAUUCAGCUUCUAUGAGAGUCUGAAUGUAUGUUAUGGAAAAAGAAGCAUGUGUGCAAAUAGUCGCAGGUUCGCUUUUAUUGUGUGCAACGAAUGAUUAAAACGUCUUGGCACACAUUUAACACUUCCUCUACUCCCUUCCUUCGUCUUUCUCGCCCAGUGUGUGUGCUUGUGUGCGUGUGUGUUUGCCCUUUCAGUCAGUUUUGGCAUGGAUAGUUAUUGUUUGAUUCUAUCAUACAUGAAGCCUACCUUGAGGAGGGUGUUUCCUCAGAUUAAAUGUCAAGUUUACCGGA